AUGGCGGUGCGCUGGUCCAUGGCGCCGCUCGCUGUUUCGUCCGAGCUCCUGGAGUACAAGCUUGCGAUUGUGAGUGGCAUUGCAUGCGUCACGCUUCUCAUUUUGCACGCGCUCCUCGUCUUGCUCUUGCGUCGGUAA